AGGUCGGUUGAACGUUACCUGUUCAUCAGAGGGAUGGUCACCAUAUCCUACACUCACCUGGAGAAACAAAGAGGGGACAGAGAUCAGAAAUGGACGAGAAGUACUGAACACUCCAGAUCCUCAGGGCUUGGUGAGAAUCAGUAGUUGGAUGCUGUAUGCUCCCUCAGACACCGAUUGGCUCUCCUGUACAGUCUCUGUCUGAGGAGGAGAAGGAGAGUAGAAUCCUGCCCAGAGCUCCAACGGAGGGACAUUGGGGUCUUGGAGCCUUCAUCACGACUCUGAUUAUUUUACUGCUAAUUGUCUCUACUGUUAUUGGGCUCUUCAUCUGGAUCAAAAAAACUGGGUUUGUCAGAGUCUCAACAUUGAAGAAAAUGGCAAAUGAAAACGAUAAAACAGAGUCUGCUGAGAGGCCUGAAGAAGAAACAGCUCUUGCCGGAGAAUGUGGUACGCAAACUGCCAAGGAAACAACUACACAGUGUGUCCCGAAAGAAUGGGGUGAAGUAAAAAGAUUCAAAGUGGACAUCACUCUGGACCCAAAGCCUGGUCAUCCGUAUCUACACGUGUCUCCAAAUCGAAAGAAGGUCUACUCUAAGACAUCAAAAGAACCUAAUGUUUCCACAGCCCCUCAUGUCCUUAGUGAGGACAAAUUCAGCUUCGGACAGAUAUACUGGGAAGUGGUGGUGAGGAAUGGUGGAAUUUUCAAUUCAUUUCUUGGAGAGAAACAGUCAUGGUACGUCGGGGUAGCCACAGACACAGCCACUCUGACAACUGGUGUUGUACCUUUAACCCCACAGAAUGGUUUCUGGGUUUUUACAUGAAAAAAAUAAAAAGGGUAUUGUGUCUCUGAUGACCCUCAAAUGCCACUAUCUGGAAAUGAAAGCCCUUCAGUGUUGAGUGACAUGUCAGCAGACAUUCUUACAACACUGGGAGUGUUCUUAGAUUGUGACAGAUAGAUGCUUUCCUUUUAUGAUGCUGAUACAAAGGUACAUCUUUACAGUUUGUUUAACGUUGUGUCAUCUAACACAUUCUUCGCUGUAUUCAGCCCUGGGUUACCUGACACCUGUCCCUUAACAGUAAAAUGACUCUGUAUGACAAAGUGUUAUGGAAUAGGCCAGGUAGUUUAGUUCUUAGGAACACAAUUAUACACUACACUACCACUUUGACAUUUCAUCCCCAGGUAGCAGCAACAGAGGCAGGUGCUGUCCUCUGCCAGAAAGUCUUGAACAGGUGUGGGCAAUCGGGGUGUGGCAGCUUGUAGCGCCGUGAGGCUGUUGUAGUUUGGUGGCCAUGUGGGCUUUCGGUUUGGUUUUAAAUCUUCGGUUUUUGGGAUGUCCUUUUUCUAUAUACAAUUAUUUGUUGAUCACAGUGGCGACACGUCAUUCAGGGCAGGUGGAGCGUUUUACAAACAAUGUAAAAAAAAUGUUUCAAUUAGUUAAUAAAGCUGCAUACAAACAUGCA